CGAAAAUACGUAUAAGAAGCACUCCCGACCUUGUAUGGUAACCAACUUUGUGCGGAAAAAAGGAAAACGUGCUUGCACAUAUGGCGGAUUAUGAUGAUUUUUUUGCAUUGCAUGAGCCACAGUUGAAGUCCAUAAACUUUCCAUUGGAUUUAACUCCUAAUCUCUAUAACAUUUUAAAUGAUGGAUCUGGAAAUUUGAAGCUACAAGAUGUAUUUACAAUUAAAAAAAUUAAGAAUUCCAGGCCGAUGCUUUUUUCAAAGGAAAACCUGAAGAAAAACAACAGUUUUUACUUAGUGGAACAUGUUUGGACUACUGAUCUGCAAAAAAAUGUUUUGCAAGAACUACACAAAAAACGAGAACUUGCAGACAGAUUAGCCAGUAUCUUUAACAUUCCUCCAAAAAUUGAAACUAGCACGUUUAGCAAGAAUGUCAGUCAAGUAGAGCAACUUGCAACAGCUUGCCAGUGCUCUAAGAAGGAGGCUGAACUUGUGUUAAACAACAAUAACAUGGACAUGAUAACUGCUUCCAUGAUACUACUUGAUGAAGAAUUGAAAGAGAAGGUGACCAUCAAAGAGAACAGACAACCACCCAACGAUGAAAAAUGUUCAUUUGAAGAAUUCAAGGCAGCACUUCAGGCUACAGAAAAUCUGCCAGAAAAUGUCAAUGAAUCUUAUUUGUCCAAAAUGUAUGAUAAUUUUUUAAAGCAUGGAGAAGGGUGUGGCACUACUCCCUUUUACAAUUGGUCAGAUGAUGGUGACAUCAUUACAGUAUACGUGACCAUUCCUGCUACUGCAAAAAAACGUGCCAUCAAGAGUACUCUCACAACCAAACACUGGACUCUCGUAGUGGAAAAUAAACAACUAAUUGAUGGUGCGUUGUUUACAAGUGUCAAAUCUGAUGACUCAUAUUGGUCAAUUGAGUCACCAGGUGUCUUGUGUAUGACAUUAGAGAAAGUGCUGACCAAUGAUGUUUGGCCGGUGUUAAUUCAAGGAGAAGAAAAGUUAUCCUCUUCUGAAAUUCUACUAACAACAUGGGGAAAGCGUCAGUCUGAGAAGAUUUAUUUAGAAAGCAUACUUGAUGCUAUGUGGGCGUUUAACCAAACCUACUCGGUUUCCUCUCCUGAUGGGAAACGAAGGCUACCUGUUUGGUACGUAAUGAAUGAGCAUGGAUCAGCAGUAAUUCACAACGACGAUCCGCUAUUUAAAUGCUCUCCUUUCUUCCAUGUGUCUCAAGGAAAGGCGUACAGUCUUUUAUGGCCAAUUAAAAACGUCACAAAGGGCGCUGUUUGCACUCGUAAUUUUAUUCCCCAAAUUAUGCCCAAUGAAACUCUGGAUGUGUGUAAAACUAGACUGAAAGCUUUUACUGGAAAGAAAAUAUACAAAUACAUCGAAGACGAAGAAGAGGAGGUGGAUGAACUUUCUGAUUACAACAAGGUAAAGACAAUGUCAGUGAAUGAACUCCAUAAUAUUAUGGUGACACAACAAAAUACCGUGUAUCUACCUUACUACGCUGAAGCCGUCACAAAGGAGAUCAUUUCGACUCUCCACCUGACAGUGUUGUCAGAGAAAAAUAGUGAUUUUGACGUGAAAAUAAUACCACUGCAAGACACGUCGAUAAGAAUUGAUUCAGAUGUUCUUCCUACUGAAGAAAUGGUAGCCAACAAGGACUAUCUACAAAAUUACCUCAAUUAUCGAAUUGGAAAUUGUGAUUGGUGUAUAAAGAAUUUUAUUCUACCACGUGAUUUAGUUGAGUUCAACAAGAAGUUCGAGCAAUGUGAUAUACCUCAAUAUUGGAUGAUAAAGAGUGUUGACAAGAGAUUGUUUGGUGUAAAUGCAGCUGUAUCUCAUCAGUACUCCCGUAUUGUUAGGUCGUGUGAACCAGGCUCCAUCGCAGUUUCAAAAUUUUGUGUGGAUCAACCUUCCUUCCGUAAACGCCGCUUCGCUCUUUCCUACACGGUUGUUUUAUGUAAGUCAUCUGCACACAUAUGGACGCAACCGUACGUCAGGCUGACAAAGGGUGAAUACGAAGCCAAUGAGUUUAUCAACGAGUACGACAUCUCCUCGACGGUAACGGAACGUGCAGAAAAACUGGUCGAAAGCCAGCAAGAAGACAUGUUUAAUGACUUUAAAGUGGCAAUGAAUAAGCUUUUGUUACCUGCAGAUCCAGAUAAAGGAUGGGAUGCCAUUGAGACGGAAGUCUUGAAAAAGGUUGGGUUAAUAAGUCAAAAAUUGAUGCGGGACAUCUGUUGGGAUGAUGAUAAUCGAGGCACUUGUGUACUACUGAAUAUUGAUGUUGUUUUUGACUCGGACUUUACUUCAUUCAUUGUUGAUGUUAAUGGGUUACCUCGCUUACCCAAUUCGAACUGUUUGGAUGAUAUUUUAAAACUAGGACUUGGCUUUGAAUGCCAGAAGUUUGUCAGAAUUUUGUAACAGACUUUGUUAAAGAUAUUUUUUUUAUUAAUCUUAAAUUAUUGGC